AUGUCAACGGAAAUGAUCGGAGGGCAGAGCGACGACGUUCACCAGGCGCCCGCCCACUUGCCCCCCACCCCGAUGGAGGAGUACACAUUCCCAGAUUUGCGCUUGAAGCGCAAGAUGAGCGACCCAGAGAAGACCCCUCUCUUGCUGGUCGCAUGUGGCUCCUUCUCGCCAAUUACUUAUCUCCAUCUGCGCAUGUUCGAAAUGGCCGCCGAUCACGUCAGAUUCAGUUCUGAUUUUGAACUUAUCGGAGGAUACCUGUCGCCUGUAUCCGAUGCCUACCGCAAGGCCGGUCUUGCCAGCGCAGAGCAUCGGGUGGCCAUGUGCCAACUUGCUGUUGAUCAAACCUCUGACUGGUUGAUGGUGGAUACGUGGGAGCCGAUUCAGAAAGAGUACCAGCCGACCGCGGUGGUGUUGGACCACUUCGACCACGAGAUCAAUACUGUGCGUGAGGGUGUGGAUGUUGGAAAUGGAACCCGGAAGCCCGUCCGCAUUGCUCUGCUUGCGGGCGCGGACCUGAUCCAUACCAUGUCCACGCCUGGCGUGUGGAGUGAGAAGGAUUUGGACCACAUUCUGGGCAAAUACGGAUCCUUUAUUGUCGAGCGCAGUGGCACAGACAUCGACGAGGCUCUGGCCAGUCUGCAGCCCUGGAAGGACAAUAUCCACGUUAUCCAGCAACUCAUCCAGAACGAUGUCAGCAGCACCAAGAUCCGCCUCUUCCUCCGACGUGAGAUGAGUGUCCGCUACCUCAUCCCCGUCCCCGUCAUUCACUAUAUUGAGCAGCACCAUCUAUAUGAGGAUGACGGAAUGGAGAAGGGCAAGGAGCGGCAGGACGGACGAUCGGGAUGA